AUGCCAAGAAAAUCAACAGGUGCAGUCUCAACUUCAGCCUCAUCUGCCGGUACAUCUGUCUCUAAGCCAUCUGGACCACGCAAAUCCAUUUCCACCGUCGACGAUGCCGAAUCCGGCCCUUCUUCUGCACUCAUUAUCGACGCUUCGACAAAAGUGGUAUUGAAACAACAGGAAACAGCAUUAAAAUCAUCCGGUAUUGAAUCAUACGAGUUACCACGUACUCAGGUGAUAAAGGUGGCCAAAUCAGAUAUCCCCGAUACAGUUCAGCUGCGCAAAGAAGUGCAACAGGCACUUGUCAAAUCAGCGUCAGUGUUUAUCAGUUAUUUGACUGCAACCGCUCAUGAUCGCGCGACGAAGAAGGGAGGAAAGAUCAUUAGUGCUCAACAUGUGUUAGAGGCUUGGAACGAGUUGCAAGUGGGCGACGAGGGAAGUGUGAAGGUAUUAAAAGAGCAGUUGGGGGAAUAUAGGAGAAUGGCACAGAGGAAGAAGGAUGCGAAUAAGGCAAAGACGAAGGAUGCGGAUGGGAAUGAAGGCGAUGUGUCUAGAGCAACGGGUCAUGGGGAGGAUGAUCAAGAUGGGGAGGAGGGAGAUGAGACUAGGGCCGGUAAUGAUGAUGAGGAUGAGGGAGGAGAUGGGAGCAUGUUAAAGAGAACUUUGCAGAAUGGUCAUGGAGGUGCGGAUGAGGAUGAAGAAGGGGAGGAGGAUGAGGAAGGGGAGGAUCAGUUGAUGGACGAAGACUGA